AUGAAUGUCAAAAAGUCGCAGCAUAUUUCUGAGGCCAAGUUAAAGAGAUUGCUCGACUACAAUCAACGCUUACGGGAGCAGUUGGAUGUUCCUCGCAUUCCAGUAUCCGAAGCCUCUGCCAGUCUCAUUGAAUAUUGCAAAACGACCCGGGAUCCUUUGGUUCCUUCUGUGUGGGGACAUGUUGACGGUAAAGAUGACCCUUUUGCACCCACCAGUGGCGGAGGUUGUUGUUCAGUCAUGUAA